GAUGACGUAUUACGCAUACUAAGGACGCUACUUCAUGUUGUGGCCUGUGAAUUCGGCAUGCGAUAGGCCUACAUGUUGAAAUAACGCCAAGUGUCUACUACGACAGAAAGAAGCACAGAUCUAUAGAAACCAGAAAAAAAACACUGUCUUCUUGUUUCAAAAUGGACACCGAUGGGAAUGUUGAUAGCGAUUCCAUGAUGCAUCAGGCUCAGCAUAUAUGGACCAUGUUGGAUGAUAUGGCAAACUCUGACCCCAAAUCCUACAAAAAAUUCAUUGACAAACACAUUAAGGAGGGUCAAGAAUUUAUGUCUCCACCAACGCCUCACAUGUGUGUUCAGACAAACAUACUGUCACCGAAAAGAAAGUCAUUCUUCAUCAACUUUUGUUCCUGGCCGAAGGUCCCGAAGCCUAAGUCACCAGAAGAUGCUGUUCCCGUCACUGGAACAGAAAUUACAGAUGGUCGAGAUGACUGUGGAUUUUAUUCUAUGACGUCAUGUGCUUUCAACCCUGAAGUAAUUGAAGAGUAUGGCCACGAUACAAAAUCUUUGGUAGAUCGUGACACUCUGAUAAAUUUAGCCAUUGAUUUUAUCGAACAUCACCACAAAGUGGAAGUUUCCAGAAGUUUUACAUUGCUAUCCUGUGACAUUACACACAAAGGGGACAUAACUCUGCUUCAUAAAAGUUUUUCAAAAAAGGCACAAAAAAGCGAGCAGCAAUUUGAGGAACAGUUAUCAGAACUAGAAGAAAGUUUUGGACCCUUAGCAGCCGGAGCGAAAAAUUCCUUACUGAAUAAAUUAGCAAACUUGUCGACAGAAGAAAGUGGAAAUUCCCAAAAGUCAAAUGGGCAUGGUAUGGGAACAAACAAUGACUCUAGAUCUCCGACUAUUAAAAUGCCCAAUCAGACUGAAGUGAGAAAGACUGGAAUCAUUGAGGAGAUUUCCUCUCAAAGUAACUCCAAACUCACAUGUCCCCUGUACACGAUGGAUCCCAUACGGAACGAUUGUGGGGACAUUGAUCAGGUUGUUGUUAAAAUUCAGCUCCCUGGAGUGAGAAGUGUAGCCGACUGUGAACUUGAUAUAUCAAAGGAUGACCUUCAGCUGACAGUGGAAGACCGCUAUGACCUUCACCUAUGUUUCCCCUGUCAGAUAACGGAUGAUGAUGCCGUCGCAAAGUUCAGCAAAAAGGCCUCUGUUUUGACUGUUACCUUACCAGCUGUGGGGAAAUCGUAACAGUGAAACAAGAUACAUUGUAAUUCAUGUUUCAAUGCGAAAUCUCAGUGAAGCAAUUUGUUAUCAUAGGGUUAAACCAAAAACAUUGUAAACUACAGGUGAAAUUAGGGGCCGUGGUGGUCGAGUUGUUAAGGUGUCUGACUGUCUAUGAUCACUAGGCCCUUCACCAGUAGGUUACAGGUUCGAGGCCUGCAUGGGGCAGUUGCAAGGUUCAGACCGCAGGUUGAUGGUUUUUCUCCAGGUACUUCAGUUUUCCUCCACAACCAAAUCCUGGCUCAUCCAUAAAUGUCCAUAGCUGUUAAUAGGACACAAACCAAACCACAUGCAAAACUGGGUCAUAUUAUAUUCCAGCAUAGAAUACAGAUCCUUUGGGUUUAGUUUUUUAGCUCACCUGAUCCAAAGGACCAAGGUGAGCUUAGGCCAUACCGUGGCAUCCGUCGUCCGUCUGUCGUCCAUCGUCCAUCUGUCGUCCAUCGUCAGUUGUCUGUCCGUAUGUCAACAAUUUCUUCAAACGACUUCUUCUUAACCACUGAUUGGAAUUAAACUAAAAUUGAAUGGAAGCAUCCCUAGGUGGAUGGGAUUAAAAAUUGUACAAAUGGUGGGGCUGACCCCCCAGGGGUUGAGGGGUCAAUUUAGCUUUAUUGCUAUAAACAACUUCUUCUCUAGAACUAUGCACUGGAUAUCAAUCAUGUUUGGCUGAAAGCAGUCAUGGGAGGUGGGGAUUCAAAAUUGUACAAAUAGAGGGGUGGGGCCAAAAAGGGUUUUAUGGCUAUAUUGGUUUAAGUGACUUCUUCUCUGGAACUAAGCAAUGGAUAUCAGUCAUAUUUGGUUGAAAGCAUCCCUAGGUGGUGGGAAUUCAAAUUGUUCUAAUGGUUGGGCUGACCCCCCAGGGGGCUGAGGGGCGAGGCCAAAAAGUGUUACUGGUAUUUGGCUAUAAACUGCUUUAAGCGACUUCUCUGGAACUAAGUGAUGGAUAUCAACCAUACUUGACUGGUAGCAUCCCUAGG